AUGGGUGUGCUGUCACAAGUCAGAGAAAAGCUCCCAAAUGUAGAUGCCGUGGUGGUAGAUUUAGACACAGGAGAAGUCCGUUUGCCAGAAAAUAAUCAUCUUGCCGAACUUCCAUCACCAUUCCGUGAACGUCUAGUAACUCGCCUACAAAGGGUGCUUAGUCCUGAGCUGGCAACUGCUGAUCUGGCUGUUCCAGCUGCUUUACCUCCACCGCUGGAGCCUCAUUUACUGGACAAAGAAAUCCGUGCCUGUUUUGUGCUGUUCUUCUCCGAACUGCUUUACGGGUAUCGUUCGUGCCUUGAACUUGUUCGCCUCCAUCGUCAUCCUCUGAUUGUGUUUCACAAGGCAGCAUUCAUGGGCAUGAGGCAUCUCAAGUCACCUCUUCUUCACGAUCUCCUUGAAGGUCAAAUGUUCCAGCUUUUUGUUGCCACCCGGGGUGGUCUGCUCAACAACGGCGGAGAACGAUGA